AGAAAUUGAAGAAGUUGGAGCUGGAGGAACCAUUGCUGGCUUGUCACCGCCGGAGCUGCUGCCACGCCGGUCAUCGUCGACCGCCGGCCACUACACCGCGGCUUGAGCCGCGGCUCUCUCACUCGUCGUUUUUUCGUUUUCCCCCGCUCUUUCAGUUGCAAUUGCACUUCAAUUUAUAGCAAGGAGGUUUCUUCCCGUUGAGAAUUGAUUGUCGCGCAAUUGAUGGAGCCGAACGUUGGAGCGUUGAAUGCUUUGCCGUUUUUACUCAUUCCUCUCUGCAAUGAAGAAACGCCGGGAAGCUUUCAGCGUUCUCACUCUCGAGCACCACCGGAAUCACCAUAUACCACCACCCCGCAGUCUAUAUUCAAUGCCGGUGGCGACUUGGAGGCUAAGGUCGAGGUAGAGGGCGGAGGAGGCAGCGAAGGAGGAGACGAAGUUUCAACGGAGGCUAGUGCGGUGCUGUACGGGGAUCUUCCGCGCUUGAUCACUAAGUCCGAAUUGAAGGGCCAACAAACUGUCCUAAACACAAUUAAAGGCAUAAUCAAAGAAAGUUUUUAUGGGCCGUGGCAUACCUACACAACCGCCCCCAAGGAAGUUCGUCAGCGAUGGUGGAACCUAUUUCGCGAGGAGGAGGACAAAGUCGUUCCAAAUCAACUCAAGGUCAUUAACCACUUGUUUGUGAAGAAGGGUUCCCAGCCGUCUCAAGAAGUUGCUGAAAUCAAGAAAAACUACAAGGAGAAGCUCCUUCUAAAGCAGCAAGCCGCAUCCGAAUCUGUGUCCAAUUUUAUAAGUCUUGAUGAUGUUGCUGAGGAAGAACUAGAAGAUGACAUUGGGUUGUACGUUGAGGUGGUGGGGAACAACAAGAACUGGGUCUUUGGGCAGGGCUGUGAAGCUGGAUCUUCCGGAUCACUUUCUUCGGGAGGCACUAGCCACAAAGACUGUUGCACGACUGAAGACCGAAUUGGAUCUGAAAUUGGAGAAAAAAUUUGAAGAAAAAUUUCAGGAAAAGAUUGCCAAUUUAGAGAAGAAAUAUCCGGCUCAAUCCCAUGACUUGUUAAGUCAAUUUCAGGGAUUGAAAGAGUCGGUCAAUUAUUUGACCCAGGGUCUUAGUUGAAGAAGUGGUAUUUUCAUUGAUUAAUUAUGAGAGGAAUACAUGUAUAUAUAUACAAAGUCUCAAUCCUAGUUAUGUUAGGAGAAGAUAUUCUAGGAAACUAUAAAACUAUGGAAACAAA